CAAAUAGUCGCGAAGCGGCGCUACUGUUUGCCGCGAGCGGCAUAGAUAGGACUCAGCCGACAAGAUACUGGAGCGUCGCUAAAGGGCAUCAACCUGGCGUGUACACGAAUUGGCCUGCCGCGCUUAAGCAGGGGAAAGAUUUCUCCGGUAAAGACAUCAAGAGGUUUGAUACCCUAGGUGAAGCGAAGGAAUAUAUGCACCGGCAGACUGGGCUCCCAAAAUCGGAGGUCCACCUCUUCGACAACCACUUUGCGCAUUUCCCAGGAUUCCAACCUGAGAAGACAGCCCCAUUUGCGGAGGAGUUUGUUCGACUAGCCCGAUCACAAGGCUGGGAGGAGAACUCGCAGGAUUACCGAGUCCAACAGGUCGCUGCCUUGAUGAAGGAGUACGACUGCCAUUUCCCCACUCCCCAAGUCAAUGAAGACAACGUGGAGCUCGGUGAAGAAGAGAAAGAGCUGCGGCGUUACCAACUGCUCUGCCGGGAAUGCGGUAAAAAGGAGGGUGACACAGUUGAAGAAUGCGUCUCCUUCCUCCAAGGCAAGCCGUACACCAACAUCGUCGACCUGAUCGAUAAGCGGCGGACCGGGCAGCCGAUUGAGCUAUUCAGCGACUUCAGGAAGUUCAAGAAAUACACACUGAAAACGCCUGGGAAAUGUAUCGAUCGGAAUAUCGCGAAGGAAGACGGCCUUUUGAGGAGUCUGUUGCAGGACUUUAGGCGUGGACCGGAUCCGAACGGGACGGACCGCGUUCUGCGUUCGAACUCGAGAGACUUUUCUGGGAGGGUGCAGAAGACGUGGGCUGAACCGAAGAGGAGGGCGAACAAAGCUUAGGUCUGGUGGGGUGCUUCCGGGGGGUUUAGAGGCGUUCUUGGUUUCCUUCAAACGCUGGCUAGCUUCCCCCGUCUUCUGCCGAAGUAGAUCUAGGCGGAAAAACAUCCGUUGUGGGUCAGAGUUGUACGACGUGCGUUACAAAUCACUCUUCGAAAUGGUGCCGAACUGACCCCACUGGGACACGACUGACGUCAACGUCAUAGCGCCAACUUCCCCAUCAGUUA